AUGGAGGUCUUCGUGGCGACGUGGAACGUGGGGAACACCAUGGUCGAGCCGCACGAGAUCGACGAGUGGCUGCGGGGCGCGACGCGGGACGCGAGCGUCGUCGUCAUCGCGCUCCAGGAGGCCCAUUAUAUUACGGACGAGGGCCGGGAGCGCAUCGAGGCGCGCGCGGCCGCGACGUCCGUCGUCGCGGGGUCCUGGUUGUGCUGCGCGGGCUGCCUCAUGGCCGUGCCGUUGCUCUGGGACCGGCGGAAGAAGCGGCGCGAGCGGAAGAAGCGGGAGCGCAUGGAGCGGGAGCUCGCGCUCAACCCGGCGCUCAAGGCGAGCCAGCGGAAGGCCUUGGUGUGCGUCGACGUCGUCACGCGGCUCGUCGACUGCCUCGAGAACCGCGGCUUCGCCUACGCCGAGGGCGCGUCCUGCAAGUGGGGCCAGAUGCGUUUGUUGAUUUUUCACAAGGAGGCCCUCGUGUCCCUGGAGCCCCUCGCCACGGCCGUCGCGCGGACGGGCGGCAAGGUGACGAACAACGACAUGCACACGGGCGUGCUCGGCAACAAGGGCGGCCUCAUCUCGUCCUUCGCCGUGGCCCCGGCGCGGGCCCGGGGCGCGGGGGACCACAUCGAGGCCGUGCUGCUCCACGGCGCCGGCGCGGCCAUGAAGCGGCGGAAGAUCACGGCCGUGGGCGUGCACCUGCCGGCGCACGAGGGCGACCAGUUCCUCGCGGACCGCCGCGAGGCCCUGGCGACGAUCCUCCAGAAGGCGCGGGACGACGCGGCCAUGGACGACGCGGACCUGGCCGUGCUCACGGGCGACAUGAACUUCCGGCUGACCGGGGACCUCGAGUCGAAGAGCGUGGCGGACGACGUCAAGAACGGGGACUACGCGAAGCACUACGCCGCCGACGAGCUCGCCCGGGACCACUCCUCGGCGGAGUCCGUCGUCGCCGGCUGGGAGCUGCCCCGCUGCGACUUCCCGCCGACCUUCAAGGUGAAGCGCGGCGUCGUCGAGGAGACGUACAACCGGAAGCGCGUCCCCGCGUGGUGCGACCGCGUGCUCUACCGCACGGCCCUCGAGUCGCACCUCAUCUCCUACGCGAGCCACCCGAAGCUCACGACGUCGGACCACAAGCCCGUGGCCCUCGCCCUCGACCUCCUCGGCGAGGCGCGGCCGGGCGGGGGGCCGCAGCGGCGGCCGUCGAACGGGUCCUCCGCGCCCUCGUCGCGGCGGUCGAGCCUCGACCCGGACGACGCGGUCACGAGCGACCUCGACAUCCGCGUCUUCGAGCGGGCGCGGAGAUAA